AUGAUUAACCAUUACUUUGUUGCUGGUGUUGUAGGCGAUUGUAUAUAUGCUCUUCCAGAUGCUGGUUUACACCAACCAAUCUAUAAAUAUGAUCCAAAAGAAUUAAGAUGGAAGAGUGCCGAAAACACAUUAAAGGGUGGUAAAACUGGUUUCAGUUUAGCUGUAUUGGAUGAUUACAUAUAUAUUAUUGGUGGUUACAAGGGCUCAACAGUAACAGAUACUGUCGAAAGAUAUCACCCAAGAACAAAUAGUUGGUGUAAUGUUGCAAAUAUGUUAACUAAACGUGCAGAGGGUUCAACAGUAGUCCAAGAUGGUUUUAUCUAUAUAAUUGGUGGUUCAAGUCCAAAUACCACUAUCGAGCGUUAUAAUCCCCAUUCCAAUCAAUGGUCCUUUAUUUGCAAUCUCAGCAAUGGGCAAUUCAAAGUUUCUACAGCAACUUCAAUGGAGGGUAAAAUCUAUGCAAUUGGUGCCGAAAAUGAAUCUUAUUCAAAUAAUAUUGUUUUACAAUUUAAUCCAACAACAAAUAGCUGGAAGAGGGUUGCUCCUCUUUUGUGUAAUUCAUACAAUCCUCAUUCCUCAGUUAUAUUAGACCGUUAUAUUUUCUUCAUUCCAUGGAGCGGUUCAACAAGUGUCCAUAAAUAUGAAAGCUGUUCAUAUUAAAAAACCCAAUAAUUAUUUAUUUACUUGAAAUCUUAAUAAUAUAUAAUAUAAUAAUAACUAUAUUUUUAAAAAAAAAAAAAAAAAAAAAAGCGAAAAUCAUAAUAAAAUUAAAAUCCUAUUUCGAUUUUAUUAUCUAUUUAUAAAGGAAUUAUUUAUAAAUAAAUAAUUUAGCACA